AUGACCGCGAACGCUUCAGUUCGAAAACAUUAUUUCACCUCUGCUUCAAAUGCUGCUCCCAAAAUGCACCAGGAACUGGAAGUGCCAUCAUGCAAGGGAACUCAAUGGGCACAUACCGGCGGGAGUGGGCCCCCUUGGGCAGUAUAUGUUAUUUUCGAGCAAAGAUGGACAUCUAUCUUGAUGGCUUUAUACGGUGCUGCUCAGUUUAUCUUUGCACCUAUUAGUGGUUUCUUGUCGGAUCGAAUCGAAUCGAGAUGGUGGCCCAUGAUGGCCGGCGUGCUGACUCUAGGUGCCGGUACCGCUUUACUGUGUGCCGGUAGCAGCAUCGGACUCUGGGUAACAGGCCGGUUGCUACAGGGAGCAGCCGCUGCAACGGUAUGGUCUGUGGCAUGCGCCUUAGUAGUUGACACCGUGGCAGGUGAUCGGCUCGGCCACGCGAUGAGCUAUAUGAGCAUGGGCAUGACGCUUGGAAACCUGGCGGGUCCUCUGACUGGGGGUGCAGUAUACGAACACGGGGGCUACUAUGCAGUCUUCAUUGUGGCGUUUGCUUUUAUCGGAGUCGAUAUUGGGCUGCGGCUGUUGAUUGUCGAGAAAGAGCAGGCUUUAAAAUUCCUCCCGCUACCUGUUACUCCAAGCUCCCACAGCAUCACAGCCCAGGCCGAAUCAGGGCUGGAACUGGCAGGUCUGGACGACCAUGAUCCAGUAAGCCUACAUCCACACACGGGUCUAAGAGGUUCUUGGGAACUCCUAUCCUCUCUGCGCAUGCUCAUCGUCCUAUGGGCUUGCGUCGUGAUUGCUGUUAUUGUUUCGGCUUUUGACAGUGUCUUGCCGCUUUUUGUUCAAGACACGUACGGUUGGGAGCAGACUGCGCAGGGGCUGAUCUUCAUCCCGCUCCUCAUCCCGAGCUCUCUCAGUCCUAUAGUCGGCUGGGUUAAUGACCGCUAUCCCAGCUCUCGGCGGAUUUUGGCGGGAGGUGCUCUGAUGAUGAGCGUCCCAACCUGCGUUCUUCUCCGUCUAGUAGAAGUCAACGAUACAGGGCACAAGAUACUGUUGUGUGCGCUUCUUCUGUUGCUUGGUAUUUGCAUGGGUAUACUAUUCCCACUUGUGCUCGCGGAAAGCUCAUAUGCCGCUUCGGAAAAGGAACAGGAAACCCCAUCUAUGUUUGGUAAACAGGGGGCAACGGGACUUGCAUACGGGUUUUCAAAUGCCGCCUAUGCUGCUGGCUCAAUAGCUGGGCCGUUUUUGGCUGGACUCGUCCGGCAAUAUGCCGGCUGGAGUACGAUGUCGUGGUCAUUGGGCUUGCUGACCGGGGCCUCUGCUUUGCCUGUUGUAUUGUACUUUGGCGGGCUUCUGUCCUGGCGAAUAAAUCCACGACAGUAG